CUCUUUCCUUCUCCCUCUCCCCCCUCUCUCUCUCUGUGUAUCUUUAGCCUGGACCGCUGAGCUGAUUCAAUGACACACCGAUGAAUGUAGUGUUGCGUGUGCCGUGAGUGUGUGUGUGUCUGCUGUGGAUCUAUCGCCGUGGAUGCAGAGCCUCUGCAGAGUCAAGAUGCAGUUUCGGACUGUGCUGGACGUGAAAGUCGUGGACGUGGAGAAGCGACGCAGUCCGUCCAAACACUACGUAUAUCUCAUCAAUGUCACCUACUCUGACAACACAUCUCACAUCAUCUACAGAAGAUACAGCAAAUUCUUUGACCUUCAGAUGCAGAUACUUGAUAAGUUUCCAAUUGAGGGCGGGCAAAAAGACCCCAAGAAGAGGAUCAUCCCAUUUCUCCCAGGCAAGAUCCUGUUCCGGAGGAGUCAUGUGCGAGACGUGGCCAUGAAACGACUGCGCUUCAUCGACGACUACUGCAGGGCGCUGGUGCGACUCCCUCCUCAGAUUUCUCAAAGUGAAGAGGUGCUGCGCUUCUUUGAGACCAAAGCUGAGGACGUCAAUCCACCAGUGGAGGACUAUGGCUCCAAGCGCAAGUCUGUAUGGAUGUACGGCUUUACAGACAGCCCGAGGAAAGAGGCCUCAGGGAUUGACAGCUCGGAGCCCAUGGUGUUGGAGCAGUACGUGGCUGUUGCCAACUACGAGAGGCAAGAGAAUUCGGAGAUCAGCCUUAAGGCUGGUGAGACAGUCGACGUGAUUGAGAAGAGCGAAAGCGGUUGGUGGUUUGUCAGCACAGCGGAGGAGCAGGGCUGGGUGCCAGCUACAUACCUGGACUCACAAAAUGGAACCAGAGACGAUUUAGAUCUUGGAACUUCCAGGACUGGAGAAGUUACUAAGAGACGCAAGGCUCAUCUGAAGAGGCUGGACCGGCGCUGGACCCUUGGGGGUAUAGUCAACCGUCAGCAGAGCAGAGAAGAGAAAUAUGUGACGAUACAGCCAUACACCAGUCAGGGUAAGGACGAGGUCAGCUUUGAGAAGGGGGUCACUGUGGAGGUCAUUCAAAAGAACCUAGAGGGCUGGUGGUACAUCAGGUACUUGGGGAAAGAAGGUUGGGCCCCUGCAUCAUACUUGAAAAAGCUGAAAGAGGAUUUCUCCCCACGCAAGAAAACGCUGACAGGCCCAGUGGAGAUCAUCGGCAACAUCAUGGAAAUCAGCAACCUGCUGCAAAAGAAGUCCGUCAGUGAGAAGGACAUCCAGACGGACGGAGAGGGCAGCACCACCCCGGAGCGCCACAUCUCCAAGAGUGAGAUCAGCCUGCCCAUGCCCUUUAGCUCUGAAAUCAAUGCGGAGACGGGCAGGAGGCUGAGUGCCGGCCGGGACACCAACAGUCCCUGUCUAGGAAUUGCAGCGAGCGCUGCUCUGAAGGAGAGCAAAGUGAGAGGAGAGCCAGGGUCUCCGGCUGUUGCCAGAGUGGCACCACAUAGAGUGGAAAUUGGGUCUCCAAACCUGAGACAAAAACCUCCCCCCAGGAGAGACACCAACUUGGGAUUCCAGUUACCUAAGCCACCAGAGCCCCCUGCUGUGGAAGCAGAGUAUUACACUAUAGCAGAUUUCCAGUCCUCCAUCUCUGAUGGCAUCAGUUUUCGUGGAGGACAAAAGGCUGACGUGAUAGAGAAGAACCCCGGAGGCUGGUGGUAUGUGCAGAUUGGAGAGAUGGAGGGCUGGGCCCCUUGUUCAUAUAUCGACAAACGCAAGAAACCCAACGUCAGCCGCCGAACAAGCACGCUGACCAGGCCCAAAGUCCCACCGCCCGCUCCUCCUGUUAAAAAGCAGGAUUCUGACGAGGCUCCUUCUUCUGCUAACUCUGCCUCCAAAGUUUCAGAGCCACCUAGCAGACCAGUGUAUGAGGAACCUGAAUAUGAUAUUCCUGCGAUUGGCUGUGAAGGUGAGUCUGAUACAGAUUUGCUGAAGGAUGUGAAGAUGAGUAGUGUGGUCAGCGACAAGUACCACAGCUCCCCUCCUUCCUGCAAAGCCUCCCCUCCUCUUUCUAAGGCGUCUCCUGCGUUCACCCAUCGGAGAGCUCCCUUUAGGUCUGUUGAGGAGGUUGGUAAAGAAGAGUGUAUUUACGAGAAUGAUGGCUUCAGACCAAGCGGUGGAGGUGAACGAACCUCAGCCAAAGUAUCCAGUGAGCCCAACUCCCCAAAAAUGUAUCACUCAUCCACAGUCCCACGAAAACCCUCUGGAUCGUCACAUUUUGGCGAAAGGCCCAUGAAGACUAUGACCCCUGAGAUGAAACGUAGAAGUCAGACCCUGGGCAGACACAUAGAUAUCAGCCUUAGGUCCCAUGACAACAGCCCCCUUUCUUCCUCUGAUGAAUUGAGCAGAGGCCCCAAGAAAGGCACUGCUUUCACCCGGGAUGUGGAGCAGAGGAUAGGACAAAGCCCCUCCACCAGGCCCAAGCCUUCUGUCAGACCCAAACCCCUUCUCACCAAAUCAGAGCCCCAGAGUCCUGAGAGGAUGGACAUCGGUUCCUUGAGACGUCAGCUGAGGCCAACAAGUCAGUAUCGUCACGGACUCAAAGCGCCUCGUGGGGACGACUCUGAAACUGCUUCUGUUAUCUCAUCAGAAGACUCCAUGUGUUCACACAGCACAUCAGAUCUCUCCUCUGUGUACUCUAAAGGGAGUCGUGUUGACUCAGAUGUGGAAGGCCCCACUCUAUAUCGCUCUGUGGACACCUACAAGAAAGUUCAGGACUCUGAGAUCAGCUUUCCAGCUGGUGUGGAAGUCGAGGUUCUGGAGAAGCAGGGUAGUGGUUGGUGGUAUGUCCGCUGGGGCAUGGAGGAGGGCUGGGCUCCAUCCUACUACCUGGAACCUGUUAGACAAGUAGUUAAUGCUGGUGGGAUGGACUCAGAUGGACGUAAGAAUAGUGGGAAUAAGUCCAAUAGCCUGGAGAAAAACGAGCAGCAUGUUUUAGCCCAAAACAAUAUCAAUAUUCAAGGUCCGACACAACAGCAGCAUCAAGGCCUGAGUAGGAACACGCCACCAAUUCCUUCAAAGCCUCCUGGUGGCUUCUCAAAGCCCUCAGGGAUGCUUAACGGAGGAGUGCGAAUGAGGAAUGGAGUACGCCAGGUGGCUGUGAGGCCUCAGUCAGUAUUUGUGACUACAUCACAGCCAGCCAAGGAUGGGCACUACAUGACAGGGUCUUUGAGGAGAAAUGAGUCACUCAGUAGAAGUGAUCACUAUUGCUCCGGUUCCGCCACUCUUGGUGUCCGCCGAAAUGCCUCCUUUAGCACUGUGCGGCCACAUGUAGUUGUCGAAAGUCAGACAAGGCCUGCAGAACGCUCCAGCCUGGGGUCCUCGGGGAGUGCAUUUAGUUCAAGCAAUGCCCAGGACGCCCUUGGCAGAGCUAACCACCGCAAUGGCAUCCCUGUGUCCACAGUCCGACCCAAGCCCAUAGAGAAGAGUCAACUGAUCCAUAAUAACCUGGGCAGAGAUGUGUAUGUGUCCAUCGCUGACUAUCGUGGUGAUGAGGAGACUAUGGGUUUCACUGAGGGCACCUGUCUGGAAGUAUUAGAGAGAAACCCUAAUGGAUGGUGGUACUGCCAGGUGCAGGACAGCCUGCUCCCCCGCAAGGGUUGGGUCCCAUCCAACUACCUAGAGCGGAAAAAGUAGAACCAACGCCACAUCCUUCCCUUCAUCCCGUCACCCUGUUUUGGAUGUCUCCAAGGACACAGGUGGUAUCGUUCCUCAAGAAUGUUACCCAUGAUCUCCUGUAAGCAAUAUGCUCUUCAUAAUGUACAUUUAUGUUCAUUUAAUGUACAUUUAUGAUGUAUGUAAAAAGAAUGACGUUUUAAUCCAAUAAGGAAGGACACUUUUAGUGCUGGUUUACUAAAAUGUAUACAAAGACAAGUGUUAAGAUUUUAAAUAUUUUGGCUGCAAGUGAGAGACAUUGGCAUUGGUCGCCCUUAAGUGAGGACAUUGUCUUUAAGAUAUGACGUGAUAUGAAUGAGAGUGAUGACUUCUAAAAGAGGUUUUCUCCUGCCCAACACUGACUAUGAUGGCUAAUAAGUGCCUUUUGUAUUUGAUUACCACAAAGUAGGUUUUAAAUAGUGGAUGGCAAAACAUGAAAUCAUCCAAAUCUCUUAAGAGUGCCAUAAGCCUAUGAACACCACCAAUAGUACUCCCAUGACCUCUUGUAAGAGCUACACUACAGAGUGAAAACAAAGUGCAAAGUUUCAGUCUACAGUGGUGACAUUGGUCCAAAAACAACAGCAAAGACAGAAAAUCAGAUCAAGAAACCUGUUCUACCAGAGAAAGCAUUUGUUUUAAGCAGCUACAACUAAAACAUUUCUGUCUCAUUGUUAGUAUUUUGGUUGUUGCUGAGUGCCUUCCUUAGAGAAAUAUUUCUGCUUUCUUGCGACAUCUGUUUUCCAACUACAGCCUAGAAAUGGAAGUCAAGCUUAGUCACAGAUCCUCAACUUCCCCCAAAAUGUGAUCAAACCAAAGAAAAAUAACCAUUUCAUUAGCGCUGCCUUCUUUUUUCUUUUUUUUUUUACCCCCAUUCUAUUCUUCUAUUCUUUAUGGCACACAAACAGGGUUUCUGAAUUGUAAACAAACUUUUAACGAUUUUUACCUGGAAGCACUUGAUAUAAUUACUCAAAUAUUAAAACAAUGUAAUCUAUACAAACCCAAAUCUGAACUAAAAUGUCAUUUAAAGAUGCAACAACAGUCUUGUUUCAAAGGUUUCAUUCAUAUAUUUUAAUAUUAUAUUUAGAAAACACCUCAACUUGAAUAAAUUAUUGUCAUAAGUGUCAUCUAAAAAUGUGAAAUUCCGAGCUGAUUUCCACCUUUUCGACAUUCACAUGGCUGAUGUUCAAGACCGCUGAAAUACAUUUUCUAAUGAAAGCUGCUGAACACUAAGCGUGGAGGAUUUUUCUGCUGGUCAGUAUGAUGUUAAACAAAGGACGAUUGCAGUUACCUGUUGUCACCAUUGUCUUGUCUGUGUCUGUUGUUCACGUCGUGAUCACACAGUGACAAUACUGAGGAAUGAAGUGGUUGAGUUUUGUGAGUUAGUGCACUUUAAAGUUUGUUUUAUGGUGCAUUAAUGUGAAGGUGCAGUCAAUACUCAGCAUAUUUAUUGAAUUUCUUUGUGAUUAUUUAAUGUCUAUUUGUUCUGUUUCUCACCUCAGGUGAGAGGCACAACUCUCAGUCUCUUUGAGUAGCAUUGGAGAAAUGGAGACCUCUUGUGGGAUUAUGUAGGUACUACAACAUGAUUUCUAUCCAAUCCACUAGGUUUAGUUGUCAGCCGUCAAACCUCAGUGCAAUAAGAAAUGCACUGCUGGUCAGUGAGUCUCCUCAAAACUGUGCAGAAAUGAAUCCCAGUGCAGCUAAACAUAGUUUUUGUUUUUUUUUUAUUUAAUUUUUUAUUUUAUCGGGGAAUAAUUU